GGCAGUGGAGAACAGAGGAUGAGAUGCUGGAAGAGGGACCAUCAUGGGAGGACAAGCCCUUGCAUGGGAUGUACCACCGGAACAUAACUGAAGUGGCUGAUCUCAACAAAUCCUACCAAUGGCUUGAAAGGGCUGGGCUGAAGGACAGCACAGAGGCACUCAUCCUGGCUGCACAGGAGCAGGCCCUGAGCACCAGAGCCAUAAAGGCCCAGAUCUACCACACCAGACAAGACCCAAGGUGUAGACUGUGCAAAGAGGCCCCAGAGACGGUCCAGUACAUAACUGCAGGGUGUAAGAUGCUGGCAGGCAAAGCAUACAUGGAACGCCAUAACCAAGUGGCUGGCAUAGUAUACAGGAACAUCAGCGCGGAGUAUGGACUGGAAACCCCAAGGUCAAAGUGGGAAACACCUCCCAAGGUGGUAGAGAACAUGCGAGCCAAGAUCCUGUGGGACUUCCAGAUCCAGACUGACAGAAUGGUAAUGGCGAACCAACCAGACAUUGUGGUGGUGGAUAAAGAGCAGAGGAAAGCCGUAGUGGUGGAUGUGGCAAUACCAAGCGAUGGCAACAUCAGGAAAAAGGAACAUGAGAAACUAGAGAAAUACCAAGGGCUCAGAGAAGAACUGGAGAAGGCUUGGAAGGUGAAGGCCACAGUGGUGCCUGUGGUGAUCGGAGCACUAGGGGCUGUGACCCCCAAACUGGAGGAGGGGCUACGACAGAUCCCUGGAAAAACAUCCGAAAUCUCAGUCCAGAAAAGUGCAGUCCUAGGAACAGCAAGGAUACUGCGCAGAACCCUCAAGCUCCCUGGCCUCUGGUAGAGGACCCGAGCUUGGAAAGUGGAUGAGACCACCCGCGGAGGGUGAGAAUAGACUGUGUAUAUAGUAGAAGUACUUACAAGCGCGUUUUGAGCUUGUAAAUGUAUCAUGGCGUGCCAAGCUCCUUCUUUCAGCAACUGGAAAUGAUCCUGUAAUAAUUAUAAUUGUGCAGUGAGGUGGCAUGGAGGAGCCACCAUGCCUCAUCACUGGCCUCUGAUUGUCCUCUGAGCAUCAUCACCUCGCCUGUUUUACCACCUCUAACCACUCUAUCCGCUUGGAUUGUGUUUCACCAGCCGCUCUUCAUGACCUCACAACCCCACACUGAGGGUUUCUGUAUUUCUGUAUAAGACUUGGUAUAAUAGUAAUGUGUACUAAUAUCAUAUUAGGCAUAGUAGUUUAGGAGAGACUUAAUUUAAUUAAAUGCUCGAGCCAUUUAAGUAUCAUAAACAUUGUAGCUUUAGGUGCUGCUCCUCAACAUUUUGUAAUUUAAGAGCAGCUAACUUCUCAUUGGUGAUUGAUUAUGUCCAUGCACACUGGGAUUUAAAAGGAAAACAAGCUAUCCAUUAAGCAAGGCGUUAAUCAGUCCAAACAGAAUCAAUCACUAAAUCAAUGAGGGAGCAGUGACAGUUGUAAUGUAUGGAGACCAACACAAAAGAGCCCUUAUAGAUGCACUAGAACAAAUACAGAGGCAUUUCUUUUUAUUAUCUUUCUUUAUUGCCUAUAACUUUAUAGUUGCUCACUCUCACCUGUUGCUUUAUUUGGACUCCUUCUAUGAGCUUUUCCACUAAGACACGGAACUGUGAGUCUAAGGUAAAAUUUGAGCCACAGUCACCGUUCUUAGCAAGUCAGCACAGCUUGGGAGGAAGGAGCCAUAGUGUACGUGGCUGUCAGCCUGGCUUAAUGUACAGGCUGUGCUGAGCUGGUGUCACAGUGGCUCUCUGAGGCAUGGCUCCAGCAGAGCGCUGACACUCCCAGGGUAUGCAACCUUUCCCAGCUGUCAUCCUGGACUGCUGUCUCCACUGGACAUAUCAGGACUAAUAAUUUAGUGCUCCUUCUUUAUGAAACUUAGGAACGACGCUGUAUGUGGUCACUGGCUAUUCAGGUAGCUUCUCCAAUAAUUAUUUAUAUGGUUAAUAAUUCAACGUUCCCAUUUCUCAUCUGAGUCUACUUCAUCUUUCAUUUGUAUAUUUACUAGAAACCCUCUGAAACUGACUGCAAUCUGCCAAUCUUCCAUGUCUACCGGAGGCGGGGAGUAAUUAAACAUAGUGGAGUGAGAGAUUCCUCAGUGGAGAGAGAGUAGCAGCCCCUCUUCUAAACACACAAUGUGUUUGUUUGCAUUGCAUCAUGGUCCCGUGGAACCUCUGCCUGCAGAUAGUUCAUUCAGUUCACUUUGAGGAGCUGACCUUUAUAGUCAAUGUGUGUAUGUGUGUGAGACCGGCUCAUGAACAUGACGUCUUGCUGUUUUUGUUUGGCUGGUAAAACAAUAUAUCAAUAAUCCAUAGACAUUUGCUUUUUCUGUUCACAGCUUUGAAUCAUUGUAAUAUCUCAACAAUGAUUUGUUGGAUGGAUGCUCUGUACAGAUACUCAUGGUACAAACAUGUAAACAUCAGCACAUCAGGAUUGUGAGUGAUGUACAGCUUCACCGUUCAGUUUGUUCGGGGUUUUUCAGUGUAGCAGAGAUCAGUUUACUGUGUAAAGCUAUUUUCAGUCAUAAUAAUCAGAGAUACUGUUUUCCUCUGUUUUCCUCGUGGCCUUUUCUACGGGGAACGUCUAAUCAACUCCUGUGUAAUUGGAGCUGUGUUAAGACGAUCCACGGGAGGCGGGUGUCAGCUCUAAUCACACACAUGCACGCACGAUGUGAGCUCCAGCGCUCUGGCAAAUAUUACUCCAACACUGGUACCUAUGGUUCUAGUAGACUACAGCAUCCAUAGGGCGUCGUUCUUAUUGGGCUUUAUGGUCUCUAUCAACACUGUUGAAUUAUAUAAAACAAGCUCAAUCUCUUCAUGCCCCUCACUCUCUGGAGCAAGUUCCAGCUUCUUUCUUCUCCACCUUGAGAUUUGAAACAUGAAACCAGUGACAAUGGGCUCAGCAGCUUGUUACAGGCUUCUGCCACUUGUUGAAUAAGGUCUUUCAUGAGCUUUUGGCUUCAUUUAGCAGCUGUUAACAAGCCUGGCUUCUGCUGGGCAAGUUCUCUCAGCUGCCUAAGACGCGUGUUCGCUUCCUUUUUUUUAAACUCCAACAUGAGGAGUCACUUUGUGUUUGUUCUCGCGUCGCCCCUGAGGAUUGAUAAAGUGCUCUGUGCUCCUACAAACCUCAGCACUGCUGAGCGAGCGUCUGUCCAGCAGAGAAAAUACAGUACUGUCAGAGAAGUGAGAGUCCCAAAGUCCAACGGGACUUGACUGCUUUGCAGGGUUAGCGGGGGUCGCUUCUUCACCCCUGAAAAACAGUUCCACUUCGUUUUAGCGUGAGUAGUGGAUGAGUACAGUGCACAGCUCAGGUAAACACUCAUAUAUAAACAUUCUUUAUUCGACUGCAGAUUGCCCACAUUUGCCAUCUGCUCCUUGACGCCUGCUGCCUUUUACGGAGGCUGUUUGUCUCAGUUAGCAGCUAAAUGCAGUUUCAGCCAGACGUCUUAUUGACAUGCAUGUCUAAUAACCCUGAUGAAGCAUUCCUGUCUGGGUGAUUUGUAGCCGUGUCAUAAUAAUAAUUUUAAAUUCACUCUAAUAUUAUAUGAUUGUUACCUUGCUGCUGAUGCUCUUUCCAAUCAGGCAGUGAUUGGGUCAGUGACCUGUGUGGACUCCCUGGAGUCGUAAUGCUAUACUCCAUCCUCAGUACUUAUUUAUGACAUUGUAACUUUAAGAUUCAGCACCACAAGUCCUUUCGUUUGAAACUUCAACCGUUUUUUAGGACUUUGCAUAAUACAGCAUCCUUUUAAACUGCACAGCGACCUUCAGGCGGACAUGAGCCGACAGCUAAGAGGCAGUUUUAAGAGUGAAGUGACAGAAAGGAUGUCCACUGACCUGCCCACACUAACAACAAAUCCCAAAUUUUCCCCCCAGAGAAAAUCUACAGUACCGGCGCAUUGUGACUAAAAAUGACACAUCACACAUACGGAAUAAAUGUAAGAAAGUUAAUCUACACAAUUCAACACAACUGUAAUGAAGAUGCUUCUGGUUCUAAAUCAGAUUUGGACCACUGAAUGUUACUCUUCCUACUCACGGUUACCUGCUGCACGGCCUCCAGUCCUACACUGACCUCCACUCUGUGCCAUUUACAAUGGACUCGUCCACCGCCGAAGAACAGAAAUUGCAUUUCCCAUUCCUGACUGAAAAGAUGCGGCACACAGGGAUGAGCAUGAAAAGCGUCUGUUUAUGUAACACCCAAAAAGACAAAGCUAACAAGCCGUGGAGGUGAAUGUGUUUCUGCACUGUGACUAAUGAAUGUCUAAUGACCAAAUUCAAAGUUUCAUUGAUGGAUUAAUUAAAAUAUAGAUAAUGUGUAAUUAUAAACCUAGGCGCCAUUUAUAUUUAAAUGCAAUAUUAGCAAUGACUUAGCCUUAUCUCUCGUAACAAGGCGCAUUUAAAGGAUGUGCAGCAUCGCACAACAUCACACUUCAAGACCCGCGACUGUUAAUUUUCGCUUUCGGUCGCUCCUUGACACCUGGGAGGAAGAAGCGCGGCAGGCUCUGCCGUACGAGCGCGUCUAACGAGCGGCUCCGGAUGCUCACGCCCGUCCUCGCGUCUGCAUUCGCGCGCCUCUUGCUUUUCAUUUCAUGCCGUGGAAGCCGCCGCCUGGCCUCGUCGUUCAGCGAGGGAGCGCCGAUCCCCUGAAACCCAGCACCUUCACUCGCCUACAACCAGCCGGCCUCUUUUGUCACUUUCACCACAUGGCUGUGCACACGCUACUACAUGCAUAAUAAGACGGCCUCUCACGUUGCCGGGAGCUGUUCCCACCUACUGUACUUUUCCACCAAUUGCAAAGAGGAGGCUUGUGUGUCCUGUCGUGACUGCCAGUGGUCAUCCCAGCAUCCAGCGGUCUGGCAGGCCCUCUCUUUUUCCAUUUUUGCCUGAUGAGGCUGGUGCUGGCUGAGCCUUUCAGUAAGGCCGUCUCCUCACUUUCACUGCGUGGUGCUCAGACACUCUGCCCCACACCCACCCCCCCAAGGAGCCACAACUGUGCUCCAUCCAGCAAACAUGUAAACUAAGCUAGCGCCACCACCAUCACACCCUCCUCCAUUAUUCAUCUGCCCCCUUUAACGAGUUUUCCAUCCAUCUUUAUGCACGUGUUAGAAUUAGAGGAACUAUUAUUGUGCUUAAUCACCUUAAUUUCAUUAUCUCACACUCUCAUACAUUACAUGCUUCCCUCUGUAAGGGAGAAAGAACGAGCAGAGUAAACGAGUAAAUGAUGGACUCAAAUAUCAGAAUUAGGUUUAUUCAGUUGCUUAAUUCAUAAACCAAAAUAAGUAUUAGAUUGAGGGACCAAAUUAUGAUUGGUAUUUGAGUAGUAAAUAUUUGAUAAUUAGUCUCCCCAUAGUUUGCUUCCACAGAGAGCAGGCUAAGCUUUCACCAUCAUGCCAGGACAACAUAUCAUGUGACAGCCACACAGAUAAUAUGUUUGUUUACAUACCAUGAUCAUGAAAAGGAGGGCGGCUAAAUAUUUGAUGCCUUCUUCAAAUUACCCAGGGAACAGUCACCCUGUGACCCAACACUAGAGUUGGACCUCAGCACUGAGUCAUUGUUAAACACCUCUACAGAGCUGGCUCACAUUUGUGGGCACGCUCUGGUUGGCAAAUAACAUAAAGCACUCUCAGGCUUUGUGCUCUCUGCGUGUAUGGGAUGCAACAAUGACUCUCAGCAACUAGUGGCCCUUAGUGCACCAAGUGUAAACUCUCCUAGUUGAGCUACAGUGUGUGAGGUGAAUAAACUUCACGAUCCCAGAGGAUGAAUGUCUGAAAGCCUUUGACUAAUGUCUCAGAAAUGCCAAAUAAGCCUCUUUUGUGCUCGUUGUGAGAGAGACUUCACCCCUGUCCUCUGUUUGACCCUCAUCACACUUCCUGUGCCUUCCCAGUGGACAGGACUUAACCCAGGACGCAUCAAAACUUGCGCGUGCUCGCCGUAGCCGCUACACUACUCGAGUCAGCCCACA